CACCUGUCGAAGGACCCGUGACAUGGAGUAACUGACAAGGGACUAUUUAAGGGAACGGCGCUGUUAGUCGUGCAGAUAUGACGAUGCUGCUUCUAGAGGCUCUCAGUAGCCGGCUCUUGAUAAGAAUAAUUGACGACUAUCAAUUUCAUCUGACGGUUUGACCCGGCGGGCCAACGACUCACUUUCUGAUCAAAACCCACUCUCAGGUGGCACCUGUAGUUAGUACUCACCGAGCCUCAAUCUCAGGUCUUACCGAGCAACUCAAGAAAGACUGUUCACCAUUCAGCGGUCAGCCCUUCAAUCCACGGCCAUAGAACGCUCAUCCUCAACAUCAACAUCAUCAUCAUGGCCUGGGGCAAAGACAAGUCUCUAGACCAACAACAAUCAAGACUCAAACAACUCCUACCCCUAGCCAUCGCCCUGCUCAUCUGCAGCGCAAUAGCCUGGGUACUGUACCAGGUCUUUGUCUCGCUGUCCAAGGUCAGAGACCAGGCGCGCGAGCGGAUCCGGCAGCGGCACAGCGUCUCAUUCAGCAAGGACGGCGUGCGCAUCGACGUCCGUGACCGCGGCUCCGAGACGUACAUGGACGCGACGCAGAGCUUAUUCGUGAAAGCCUGGUACCUGGGCAGGGACGACCCAGAUGGCGAGGGGGCGGAGCAGCGCAAGAGGUCGCCUGCGAAUCAUGGAUAG